CCCCCUCACAAAUCUAUCUUUUAAAUGUGUAAUUUUAAUAGGAAGCUUUACAGUAUUAUAUUUGUGCAAAUACAUUAGUGUGUUUUCUUUGUCUUAUAACUUGUUACCGCUGUAAGUCGCUGUUGCUGUGAUUGUCCUCUAGAUGGCAGUAGCACACAGCACACUGAUAGCGGAGGCGCUGGAGGAAAAGCUCAGAACAAGCAACAUUAAACUCGUGUUGAAGAUGAGAAGAAACAAAGAGGCUACACUUCAGCUUUUAUAAACUCUAGAGAGAUUAUUUAGCGAACACGACACAACUCCUGCCUUUAUUCAUUAUAUCCUGGCUCCUGACUGUCAAUUCCUCUGUGAAAGCGAUCAGGAAUAGCGGACUUUUAACGUGUUCAUAUGUAAACAGGCCUGAUGGAGGAGACACACCGUCAUGAGAAAAUCAUAGAAAAUAAACACUCACUGAAGAGAAAAGGCAAGAAAUGCGUCACCUGCACUCAGUGUGGAAUAAGUCUGGGAAACAAACGGAGUCUCAGAAAUCACAUGAGGAUCCACACCGGAGAGAAACCAUUCACAUGUUCUCAGUGUGGGACGAGUUUCAGAAACCCAUCAAACGUUCGUAUACACAUGUUGACCCACACUGGAGAGAAAACACACAAAUGUGAUCAAUGCAGCAAAACAUUUUUGAGGGGUUCAGAGCUGAAGAGACACCAUCAAGUUCAUACAAAGGAGAAGCUUUAUUCAUGCUCUGUGUGUGGAAAGAGUUUCAGACAUCAAAAUGGUUUAAGAAAUCAUCAGAAGAUCCACACCGGUGUGAAAGAGUAUAUGUGCUUUGAGUGUGAGAAGACCUUUAUUACGGCUGUAAAAUUGAAAAUACAUGAGAGAACUCACACUGGAGAGAAACCUUACAAGUGUUCACACUGUGACAAGAGAUUCAGACAUUUAGAAAGCCUGAAAACACAUGAGAGGAUUCACACUGGAGAGAAACCUUACACCUGUUCACACUGUGACAAGAGAUUCAGUCAGUCAAGAAUCCUGAAAACACAUGAGAGGAUUCACACUGGAGAGAAACCUUACAAGUGUUCACACUGCGACAAGAGAUUCAGACUGUUAGAAAGCCUGAAAACACAUGAGAGGACUCACACUGGAGAGAAACCUUACAAGUGUUCACACUGCGACAAGAGAUUCAGUGAUUCAAGGAAUCUGAAAAAACAUGAGAAGAUUCACACUACAGUGAACCCUUGUAACCUCAAAGGUGUAAGGUCACCAUAGUCUUAACAAAACUGUUGUUAAAACUGCUUUGUUUCUCUUUAGAUAAUUAAUUCAGACACGUGUUGUGAAAUUAGCUCAGUUUUUGAGUAUUUUGAUCAAUAAUAAUGAGUUAUUAUUAAUUAUGAAUAAACAUAGAAAACAAGGAAAUGAAGAGUUUAGAUAAAGGAAUGGCAAAUCUAGCUCAGUUCCACACAGCUAUUAAGAACCACCAAGAUUAUAAAAACACCUUUUUGAUAACGGGGUACAGCCUUAACGCACGACUAAAUACCUGGAUUUAGACGAUCAGUCUCUUUCUCUCGUUGUGCGAGUUUGUCUGAUGCGUGGAAGAUGGAGUCUUUUAAAAAAGUUCUUUCUUGAUGCAUGGAGCUUGCGAUACAGAUAGGAGGAUAUGCGAGACACAACUUUAAACUGAGUUUAAUUUGCCAGAAAUAAGAAACGUGGACUUCUGCGAGUCACAUGAGUACAGUAAUGUGGUCUGCCCCGUUAGAGGCACUUCUUCGGAGACCUUCUGCCGAGAACUUUCUGCAAUGGUUUGAUGGGUGUAGGAGGUAUUUAAAGACAUUGGUCAGGUGACUCCCAGUCUCUCCUAACUGACCAAUGACAUGAGAGAAACAGUCGAGCUGGAAACUUUCUUUGUUCUCCUCGCUGGUGCAUACAGUGACAAGACAAACAGACAAAACUUUAACUCAUGGUUUGAAACUACACCAAGCAUACAAGUCAUCAUCCUAUGUUCUAGAUCAUGAGUUGUAGAAUUAUGUAUGGAGAAGAAUGACGCCAAACAGGACUAUUUUAGACAUACAUGAAACAAUUCAUGCAUUCUUAGUUUGUCUAGUGUCGUGAAAAGGGUAUAUUUAGAAUCAGAAUCAGUUUUAUUGCCAAGUGUGCUUCACACACACAAGGAAUUUGUUUUGGCUACAGAAGCUUCCAGUGUACAUAAAGUGACAAGUGACAACACAAAAUAAAUAUGAAAAAAAAGAUAAACAUUAAACAGAUGUGGUUAGUCAAGAAACCUGGAUGUUGAGUUGUAUGUACAGAUUGUUAUAAAUAUACAGGUUAUAAGGUGCUGUGUACAAGUGCGAAUGUAGAAGGUAUUGCAUUGUAUAUUGAUAUAAGGUGCUGUGUACAAGUGCGUAUGAGAAAGUAUUGCACAUAUUUGUUGCACAGUAGGGGAAUAUUUAACUGUUCAGCCUAGACAGCCUGAGGAAAGAAACUUUUCCUGUGUCUGGCUGUUUUUGUGCUUGGUGCUCUGAAGCGCCAACCAGACGGUAACAGUUCGAACAGGUAGUGUGCUGGGUGUGAGGCGUCCAGAGUGAUUUUGCGAGCCCUUUUACUCACUCUGGAAGAGUACAGUUCUUGAAGUGUAGGAAGGGUUGUGCCAGUGAUUCGUUCAGCAGUCCGGACUAUUCGCUGUAGUCUACGGAGGUCGGUUUUGGCAGCUGAGCCGAACCAGACGGUGAUUGAAGUGCAGAGGAUGGAUUGGAUGAUAGCUGAGUAGAACUGUACGAGCAGCUCCUGUGGCAGGUUGAACUUCCUCAGCUGACGAAGGAAGUACAGUCUCUGCUGGCCUUUCUUCACAAUAGAGUCUAUAUGAAUGUCCCACUUCAGAUCCUGAGAGAUGGUGGUGCCCAGGAACCUGAAUGACUCUACUGCAGCCACUGUGCUGUUCAUGAUGGUGAUUGGGGGAGUGUAAAAUGUAUUUUAUUGCCAUUAAACAUUUAAACUUUAAACUAUACUAUUAAGUGCCAUAACGUAAGGAAGUAAAAAAGGGGUGGUGGGUCUUGCUAAGGGCCAGACGGCCGGUGGCAACGAUGGCGAGGCUCACAGGUGUAGUUGAUUAGACCCAGGCCCCAGCCCGCCAAGCCAUGCCCGACAGGAGACCCCUUUUCCGGAACGUCCCGCGCCUGGAGGUGCGUGUGCGCCGCUGAUUGUCUCUGACCUGCCAUCAGGUUUUCGGCGAAGGUUAGAAAAAGUGGACUUAGGUUUUAGCGGCGUUGCGGUUAAGGGAACCAGGGAGUCAAUGGCCAAAAGUGCCCCGAUCCCGGCCAGCGCCAUUGGCCUUGGGGGCGUGGGGGUCCCGCCUCAACCAAGCGGUUCAGUCAUUAAAAGCUUGCCCAGAGACAGUGCCCCGAUCCCAGCCUGCGCUGUUGGCCUUGGGGGGCGGGGGUCCCGCCUCACCCAAGCGGUUCAGGCAUUAAAGGUUUGCCCAGAGACAGUGCCCCGAUCCCGGCCUGCGAUGUUGGCCUUGGGGGGCGUGGGGGUCCCGCCUCAACCAAGCGGUUCAGUCAUUAAAAGCUUGCCCAGAGACAGUGCCCUGAUCCAGGCCAGCGCCAAUGGCCUUGGGGGCGUGGGGGUCCCGCCUCAACCAAGCGGUUCAGUCAUUAAAAGCUUGCCCAGAGACAGUGCCCCGAUCCAGCUAGGCCUUGGGGGGGGGCGAACCUCCGGCACUGGAGGAAGGCAAACACAAAACACCCAUAUUGAAUGCCCCUGGAACUACGUGCCGCUGGUGCACCCCAGCCACCUCAACAAAUUGAGCACUGCCCCGGGUGGUGGAACUGGAAAAGGCUGGUGCAUCCGAGCUAUCUGUACCACAGUACGACAAGGUGGUGGAGAGGGUGGUGCCCCACAUCCAGGGGGGUCACCAAUGGCACGUCUGCCUAGUGAGUGUUACUGACUAAGUCAAUGUUCCUGGCUUAAGUGUGGGGUGCCAGCGCACUGCUGGAGAGCAGGUGUCAAACUAGAAGUCCCUUUGGGCCCGGUGCUUGCCCCGGAGAAGGGCGUGGGUCUCUGACCUGCCAUCAGGUUUUCGGAGCAGGCGAGAAAAAGUGGACUUAGGUUCUGACGGUCUCGCGGCUGGGAAAAAGUGGACUUAGGUUUUGACGGUUUCGCACCUAGACCAGUACGCUGAUCGAUAGGAGCUCGUUUG